AUGGCUUCUUUAGCUCGUACUUUUGCCUCUUCUCUCGUUCGCCGUAGCCACAGCACCAUCCCUGCCUCUGGUUCAGCCUUAAGACAUGUUUCUAUUGGUUUCAGCAAAGACGAUCAAAAGGAUGAAGCUAAGCGAUCUAAUGCCUUCACCCAAGUACGCCACAACUCCACCACUACCAUUCCUGAUUUUUCCAAAUAUAAAAAGACAAAGCACAGCGGUGAAGCCAGCCGUAACUAUGCUUACAUGAUGGUCGGUGCUACCGGUUUAGUUUCUGCUGCUGGUGCUCAAGCCACUGUUUCUGACUUCUUGGCCAACAUGUCUGCUUCUGCUGAUGUUUUGGCUUUGGCUAAGGCUGAAGUUGACUUGGCCUCUAUUCCUGAAGGAAAGAAUGUGACAAUCAAGUGGAGAGGAAAGCCUGUUUUCAUUCGUCACCGUACCGAAGCUGAAAUUGCUGAAGCCAACCAAGUCAACAUUACUGAAUUGCGUGAUCCUCAACAAGAUGCCGAGCGUGUCAAGGACCCCAAAUGGCUCGUCAUGUUGGGUGUCUGUACCCACUUGGGUUGUGUCCCUAUUGGUGAAGCUGGUGACUAUGGAGGAUGGUACUGUCCAUGCCACGGUUCUCACUAUGAUAUUUCUGGACGUAUUCGUAAGGGACCUGCUCCUCUCAACCUUGAAAUCCCAGAAUAUAACUUCCAAGACGGUAAACUUAUCGUUGGUUAG